CCAAGAUGGUAGCGAGCUUUGCCCACUGCGUCGCUUUCGUCACUCACGGAGAAAACCGAACCUGCACGAGCAGCCAACUGCCAGUCUGGUUUGUAAACAAGGUCAGACACAGACUGCGGAACAGAGGCCAAACACUUUUAGACCGGGCAGCUUCUCGCUUUUAAGGCAAGAGGAAAACCGAACAGCUUCAACAAACCUCCGUGGAGCAAGGCCAGUCAAAAUGAUGCAGUGUUUUCACUUUAUGGUGGAGCCGGCCAAAAACCUAACAGCCAAGAUCAAGGAAUCGCACAAGAGAGCAAAGAGAGAGAAGAGGGAGCCUCUGGAUGAGGAUCAGCUGUUUGUUGUGGAGCUAGCCAGAGACAUCAGCCGGGUGUGCCAGAGAUCAGCAGUCCUGGAGCACAUCUGGAACGAAAAUGACAUCUGGCCAACUGCUCUUUGCAGGGUCUUCGUCCUACAGUGGGCCACCAUGCUGGAGAGCAAGAAGAGACCCAUGCAGACCGAUGGCUGGCCAGGAAUGGAUGAGAGCAAACAGCCUGCUGUGACUAAUGAGAAGGACCUACAGCAGGCCAAAGCUGUUAUCCUUGACUGGAUCAAGGAUAUAAGAGCCCAGCCUGAGCAAAGCGUGUGGCCCGGAGAACCUGUGGUGAAGAUUUUGGAGGACAUGCAGUCAGCCUGGCGCUGGGGCCGUGCACCCAAUCUGCUCCCUGCCAUGGAGCUGCUUAUGUGGACUUUAAUGUUGCAGCGGCCUGACAAGGACACCAUCCCACAGCAGUGGCUUCUGUGGAAGCAGAAGACUCAGAAGAUUGGUGCCAUAUCUUACAUCCCUCAACCAGUGUGGGACUGGAUCACAGAUGCUGGAGUGGAGGUGACCCUGGAUCUGGACACGGCCAACCCUGACCUGCUCAUCUCCACUGAUGAGAAGAGGAUGCGCUGUGGCUUUGAGAGGAAAGAUGUUCCCAACUACCACCAGCGUUUUGACGGCUGGUGGUGUGCCGUCGGAACGGAGGGUUUCGGCACUGGCCGCCACUACUGGGAGGUGGAGGUGGGCGAGCGCGACUGGCGGUUGGGUGUGGCCAAAGAGUCGGCCCUGAGGAAAGGCUUCAAGUCCCUGAACACAGAUACAGGCUACCUGACCUUGCGGCUGGAGAGGGGCGCUGAGCUGAAGGCGCUGACGGUGCCCUUUACUGCCCUGCCACCGGGCCUCAUCCCCCGCAAGGUGGGCGUCUACCUUGACUACGACAAUGGCCAGCUGUCCUUCUAUGAUGUGGACAAACAUUUCCACAUUUACACCUACAACGAAAGCUUCGAUGAGAAGCUGUUUCCUUUGUUUGGGACAGUGGAGAUAAUCAAGGAUCUGGUGAUCAGGUCUCCGGCAGCCAAGACUCAGUGUCUCUGCUCCACAUCUUGCAUGUGGGGUUGAAUUUCCCCUCCAUGACCAUUUCCUUUAAAAAUCAGUAGACAUCAUAGCAAAGUAUAACAAACCAGAAUUACAGGGAGGUUGCAAAAAACCGUUAAUGUGCUAUUGAAUAGCUCCACUUUGUGACCACUCUCUAUGCUGCUGCUUUAAUGUGAUUGCUGCUUCAGUUUUCUCACUAUAGAGUUAUAGUGCAACCCUUUGCUCACGUACACGAUGAAAUGUCAUAUAUUUCAAGAGAAACCUAUAGUGUUAAUGUUAUGUAUUGUGCAAUAUUAAUCCAGCAAUAAACUGCACUUAUGUGAAUAAUAAAUAAACAAAAUCAAUGA